UCAUCUUGAGCUGUCCGUGUUCAUGUCGGGAGCUCCGUGGUAACGAUGUCUUCUUUUAGUAUAAACUUGUUAUUGUGUUCAGUUUUGUGUAUUUUAGUGAAUACGAGUACACAACAAUCCGUACACAGACGAUUUGAAUAUAAAUAUUCGUUCAAGCCGCCGUACUUAGCGCAAAAAGAUGGUUCGGUGCCGUUUUGGGAGUACGGAGGAAACGCGAUAGCGUCGGGUGAGAGCGUGCGGCUCGCGCCGUCGCUGCGCAGCCAGAAGGGCGCGAUAUGGACCAAGCAGCCGAUCAACUUCGACUGGUGGGAGGUGGACGUCAUGUUCAAGAUCACGGGACGGGGGAGGAUAGGGGCGGACGGUUUGGCGUUCUGGUACACCAGCCAGCGCGGCGACUACACGGGAGAUGUGUUCGGCUCGUCAGACCGCUGGAACGGACUCGGCGUCAUCUUCGACUCGUUCGACAACGACAAUAAGCACAACAACCCCUACAUCAUGGCCGUGAUCAACGAUGGCACGAAGAACUUCGACCAUAAGAGCGAUGGCUCAACCCAACUGCUGUCCGGGUGUCUGCGCGACUUCCGCAACAAGCCGUUCCCGACGCGCGCCAGGAUCGAGUACUAUCUCAACACGCUCACCGUGUACUUCCAUAAUGGUUUAACGAACAACGAGGCGGACUACGAGCUGUGCUUCCGCGCGGAGGGCGUGGUGCUGCCGCGCGGCGGAUACUUCGGGCUGUCGGCCGCCACGGGCGGGCUCGCCGACGACCACGACGUCAUACACCUGCUCACCAGCUCGCUGCACAGCGAGCAGCAGCCCGGUGGCCAGCAGAUCAGCAACGAUGACCAGCAGAAGCUGUCGCAGGAGUACCAGGAGUACCAGAGGAAGCUCGAGCAGCAGAAGGAGGAGUACAGGAAGGAACAUCCGGGAGAGCUGCGCGACAAAGACGAUAUGGAGGACUGGUUCGAGUCGGACGGGCAGAGGGAGCUGCGGCAGAUAUUCCAGAGUCUGUCGCACAUACAGGACGUCACCAGGGACUUGCACAAGAAGGUCGACGAGGUGAUCGGCAAGCAGAUGAAUUCGCUGUCGAUGCUGACCGCCGUGUACAGCCAGGCGCAGGGCCAGCCGAUGGCGCAGCCCGGCCAGCAGGUGCAGAUGCCCGCCUUCCCCAUCACGCGCCACGACUGGGACGUGUUCAUGAACAACAACCAGAUGACGAUACAGACGAUAUCGGAGCUCAAGGCAUUUAUAAUCGAGGUGAACCGCAAGUCGGACGCGCUGCUGGCCGGCGGCGGCGCGGCGCUGGCGGGCGCGGGGGGCGCGGGGGGAGCGCCCGGCGGGGGGGGAGCCGCCAUCAACCCGCAGUUCCUCAACGAGCUGAGGGACAGCGUGAACAGCGUGAAGGCGAACUUGGCGGGCGUGGCGCAGAGGUUAUCGUCCCCGUCGGGUCCCGCAGCGGGGGCUUGCCCCGCGGUGUCCUGCGUGGGGACGGGCACGUUGCUCGCGGUGGUGGCGGGACAGCUGGUGGUGCUGUUCAUCUACCAACUGUACAAAGAAAGGAAAGAAGCACAAGCGAAAAAGUUCUUCUAAGUGAGUGAGUGAGCGAGAACUGGUGGUUGUAACAGAGUGAUUUUAUAUAUUUUUGUUAUUUUUUGUCACAAAAAUUUCGAUUGAUUUAAAAAGAUUUGGAACAUCUUGAAAAUUUAUUGUUUUGCCGUUUUGUAAGAUAGUGUAUGAAUCCUGUAUUUGUUAGUUGUAUGAUGUUAUAUAAAUCUUAUAAUAAAUAUUAUAAAACUCUU